AGUGGACUGGACUCCUUCCGUUAGUUUAUGAGGUUGAUCUACAUCCAGUCAUCCAUAUGAUAAUGGAGAUGAGAAAAUCGAUCCAUAUGGUUACUAUCUGGGGGAAUGCAGAUACGCGGGUUGCCCAUUACUUUGGACUGCUGCCAUCCAGUGAACGUGGUGGAGGCUGCCGUUACCAUUUCCGAUGUUGUCUAUAGCCCCAUUUAUGCUGCUGCUUUUUCAUCCACCAAAAUCAAAUACCCUCCAAUUUACAGUUACAAACCAAUACCCCUUGGAGCGACUUCACGAAUUUCAGUACCUUUCGCUGCAUCCUGUUCCAAGGGAGAUUCCGGCGAGUCAUUGAACGAUUGCAGCGAUACUGACUUGCAACAAGUGUCCGAACCACCUCCCACUGGAGCUGAUGAUAUUGAGGUUGAGAUAGAAAAAUUAAGCAAAAACCGAAGGAGAAUCCGGUCCAAGGUCGCCGUCGAGGCCAGUCUCGAAACCAUUUGGGGCAUCCUGACCGAUUAUGAUAGGCUGGCCGACUUCAUCCCUGGUCUCGCUGUAAGCCAGGUGCUUGAUAAAAAAAUUAAUUUUGCCCGUCUUCUUCAGAUUGGGGAGCAAAAACUGGCAUUUGGUUUGGUUUUCAAUGCUAAAGGCAUUGUUGAUUGUUAUGAAAAAGAUUUUGAAAGGCUUCCAUGUGGUCAAAGGCGUGAUAUAGAGUUUAAAAUGAUUGAGGGUGAUUUUUCACUCUUUGAAGGGAAGUGGUCUAUUGAGCAGUUGACUGAUGAAAAGAGGUUUGACCAACAGUAUCAUACAACUCUUUCAUAUGCAGUUGAUGUGGAGCCCAAAAUGUGGUUGCCUGUUCAACUUGUUGAAGGCCGGCUUUGUAGAGAGAUAAAAAUGAACCUUUUCUCCAUCAGAGAAGUAGCACAAAAAGCAUCUGAUAAUAUUUCUUCUUUUUAGUGUCUGAAAAAUUCUUUUGUCUUGGCUUGUUUUAGCUUUCAAUGUAGUUUUGUAAACUUGUUCUAUUGUUAGUGAAAGAAAUUUUGUUUAUGGUGCUUAAAUAAAGCAACCGAGUACAAAAUUCUACUAAUGCCUGCUUUGUAAUGAUAAAUAGAUGAUUUUAGGCAUGUGACUUGACAAAUCAUCAAUUUUAUAAGUUGUUACAUACUUCACAACCUGUAUUCAUAUUCAAGUAUUUAGUGAUCAAUUCCCUC